ACUAAUGUGGCUUGUCUUGACUAAUAGCAUCGAACACGAGUUCCUUACCCUUUUCACUGACACCAUUGGCUCUUUGUAACACAGUUGAAGCCAGUGAAAUGAUUCUUUUACGGUUGUAAGCGGAAAGGAUCAGAUACCAUCUCUGAAAUUUACUGAAGGAUGUUUCCGAGGGGAAUCCGAUGAGAUUGCAAUGCUUCGUUCACAUUAAGUUCACUUCAUCUUCACGAACUGUUACCUUAAAAACAAUUCAUUCCGAGCAGUUGUUGUUUAUACCCCCAGGGGAGCUUUGUGUCAUUCAUCACUGUGAUCAAACAUCAGGUCUUGUUUUUUUACCCUCAUUUCUUCGUUGUUCGCAAAAGCAGGUACAUGUACUUCGACUUCAAAGAUUUUUUUCACUUUGCUGAACAGUAAAACAACAGAAAAGCUUUAUUGGUGGAAAUAAAGUCAUCCAUGAGUAGCACUACAUAUACAUGGACCUGCAGAAAGCAGGGUAUAUAUUCUAAAACUAAGUCAAGAGAAGCAACACGGAUGUAGAUGAUUUGAUACGUCAAUGAAAAGUCGAUGAAAAGGAAUGAAAUGGCUGGCAUUGGAGAAAAACCAUUCAAAUGCCAGUAUUGUGAAAAGAGUUUUAGUGUCAAAAGAGCAUGUGUACGACAUGAAAGGACCCACACUGGAGAAAAACCAUUCAAAUGCCAGUAUUGUGAAAAGAGCUUUAGUUUUGAAAGAGCUUGCAAACGACAUGAAAUGAUCCACACUGGAGAAAAACCAUUCAAAUGCCAGUAUUGUGAAAAAAGCUUUACUGUCAGAGAUAAAUGUAAACAACAUGAAAUGAUCCACACUGGAGAAAGACCAUUUAAAUGUCAGUAUUGUGAAAAAGGUUUUAUUGAAAAACGGAAUUGUAUGCAGCACGAAAGGACCCACACUGGAGAAAAACCAUUCAAAUGUCAGUAUUGCGAAAAAUGCUUUAGCAUUAAACAAAGGUGUACACAACAUGAAAACAAUCACACUGGGGAAAAAACAUUUAAAUGCCAGUAUUGUGAAAAGUGUUUUAGUAUUAAACAGAGUUAUAUACAGCAUGAAAUAAACCACACUAGAGAAAAACCAUUCAAAUGCCAGUAUUGUGAAAAAAACUUUUCUUUCAAAAGUCAAUGUAAAUUUCAUGAAAUGAUUCACAAUGGAGAUAAGCCAUUCAAAUGUCGGUAUUGUGGAAAGAGUUACAUUUCUGAAAACACUUGUAAAAAACAUGAACGGAUACACACUGGAGAAAAGCCAUUCAAAUGCCAGUAUUGUGAAAAGUGUUUUGGUGACAAAAGCACAUGUAAACAACAUGAAAUGAUUCACAGUGGAGAAAAACCAUUCAAAUGCCAGUACUGUGAAAAAAGUUUCACUUGCAAAAGUCAGUGUAAACAACAUGAAAUGGUUCACACUGGAGAAAAGCCAUUCAAAUGCCAGUAUUGUAAUAAGAGUUUUAGGGUCAAAAGAACAUGUACAAGACAUGAAAUGAUCCACAUUGGAAAAAAACCAUUCAAAUGCCAGUACUGUGAAAAAGAGUUUUAUUAUUAAACAGAAUUGUAAACGACAUGAAGUGACCCACAAUAUUGAAAACUCAUUUAAAUGCCAGUAUUGUAAAAAGAGCUAUAGUAAUGAAAGAUCUUGCAAACGA